AUGGCCGUUCAUGGUAACGUUAACAAGUCCAUUAGACCAGUAGGCUUUUGCGUUAAUGACAUAAUAGAGUCGUUCUGGGUUCAACUUCCUCUUCCAGAUGCAUCGGUUUACAGUCCUUCCGAAGGUAAGGUCAGCAUUCCGAUCGCCUUGUCCGAAGCGGGUCUGCAUUUGCCUACCACAUAUUUCUUCAAUCUAAUUAUCCAAGAGUAUGGGUUUUCCGUGAGGGGGCCGACCCCAAUCACUAUAAACAAGAUAAUGGGUUUUGAACUCCUCUACCAUGCCCUAGGCCGCCUGCCAACUGUUCUGGCAUUCAAGUACUUCUUUAAUGCUUCUACUCAGUCGGGGACUCAUACGAUUUCUUAUAAACGGGGAGUCCAUACCCUCAUUCACGAUAAAAAUUACAAUAAGAACUGGCAGGAGAAGUUUCUAUGGGUGAACAACGACCUCAUGGUACUCAGCUACCUAAGGGCUUAA